CAGGUGGGGGACAUUGUCUCUGUCCUGGACAUGCCUCCGAAAGAGGACACCUCCUGGUGGAGAGGGAAGCACGCAUUUCAGGUCGGAUUUUUCCCGAGUGAGUGCGUGCAGCUGAUCUGUGAAAAACUCAAUCCGUCAAACUCGCCAGGCGCAUUGAAAGCAGAUUCGGAAGGAGGUGCAGAAUUGACAGGGGCUACAGACCCACCGUCACCUACGUCAGUCUGUAAGAAACGUGGGAAAUUGAUGGGAUUACUUCGGAACUUCAUAAAGUCUCGUCCCAGUCGCCAGAAGCUGAAGCAGCGAGGAAUUCUGAAGGAGAGAGUUUUUGGAUGUGACCUCGGAGAGCACCUCUUGAACUCCGGCCUGGAUGUGCCUCAGGUAUUGAAAAGCUGCUCCGAGUUCAUUGAGGAAUUUGGGAUCGUCGAUGGGAUUUACCGAGUGUCCGGAAUCUCAUCCAAUAUCCAAAAACUACGGCACCAGUUUGAUUCGGAUCAGAUUCCAGAUUUGAGGAAGGGGAUUUAUCUGCAGGAUAUUCACUGUGUGAGCUCGCUCUGCAAGCUCUAUUUCCGGGAAUUACCGAACCCACUGCUCACUUACCAGCUGUAUGACCCUUUCGCGGACGCUGUGCGCUCACAGACCGUCGAUGAGAGGCUCCUGAAUGUUCACAAUGUGAUUCAGCAACUGCCCCCUCCUCACUACAGGACUCUCCACUUCCUCAUGACACACCUCAACCGCCUGGCAAAACACAGUGCAGCAACUAACAUGCACAUCAAAAACCUGGCGAUCGUGUGGGCUCCCAACCUGCUCCG